UACACAUGAACAGCUACACUAAGUGAGGAUGGAGAGGGAAAUGGAGGAUGAUGCGCUGGUCGGGAGCUGAAGAAUGAAAGGAAAUCCCAGAGCUCGCUCCUCUGAUGAAAUCUGCCUUCGUCGGAGAGUGUGAGCCGUGCUGCGCCCUGCGCUGCCCUUCUGCUUUGGCUUGCAAGGAUCUUGAGGACUGGCCUUGCAGGUCCAGUCUGGUGUUCACCAUGCCCCAGGCCUCUGAGCAUCGCCCGGGCCGGACCCGAGAGCCACCUGUUAAUGUCCAGCCCCGAGUGGGAUCCAAGUUACCAUUUGCCCCCCGGGCCCGCAGCAAGGAGCGCCGAAACCCAACCCCUGGGCCAAACUCCGUGUUACGACCUCUGCCUCCUCGGCCAGGUCCCCCUGAUGAGCGGCUCAAAAAACUGGAGCUGGGACGGGGACGGACCUCCGGGCCCCGUCCCAGAGGCCCCCUUCGGGCAGAUCAUGGGGUCCCCCUGCCUGGCUCACCACCCCCAACUGUGGCUCUGCCUCUCCCGUCCCGGACCAAUUUAGCCCGUUCCAAGUCUGUGAGCAGUGGGGACUUGCGUCCCAUGGGGAUUGCCUUGGGAGGGCACCGUGGCGCCGCGGAGCUGGGGGCUGCGCUGAGCCGCUUGGCACUCCGGCCUGAGCCACCCACUUUGAGACGCAGUACCUCUCUCCGACGCCUAGGGGGCUUUCCUGGACCCCCUACCCUGCUCAGCAUACGGACAGAGCCCCCCACUUCCCAUGGCUCCUUCCACAUGAUAUCUGCCCGGCCCUCCGAGCCCUUCUACUCGGAGGACAAGAUGGCUCAUCACACGUUGCUGCUGGGCUCUGGUCACGUUGGCCUCCGAAAUCUGGGAAACACGUGCUUCCUGAAUGCCGUCCUACAGUGUCUGAGCAGCACUCGGCCUCUUCGGGACUUCUGUCUGCGAAGGGACUUCCGGCAAGAGGUGCCCGGAGGGGGUCGAGCCCAGGAGCUCACUGAAGCCUUUGCAGAUGUGAUCGGUGCCCUCUGGCACCCUGACUCCUGCGAAGCUGUGAAUCCAACUCGAUUCCGAGCUGUCUUCCAGAAAUACGUUCCGUCCUUCUCUGGAUACAGCCAGCAGGAUGCCCAAGAAUUCCUGAAGCUUCUCAUGGAGCGGCUACACCUUGAAAUUAACCGACGAGGCCGUCGGGCUCCACCAAUCCUGGCCAACGGACCAGCUCCCUCUGCGCCCCGCCGAGGAGGUGCUCUGCUGGAAGAACCCGAGCUGAGUGAUGAUGACCGAGCCAACCUAAUGUGGAAGCGUUACUUGGAGCGAGAGGACAGCAAGAUUGUGGACCUGUUUGUGGGCCAGUUGAAAAGUUGUCUCAAGUGCCAGGCCUGUGGGUAUCGCUCCACGACCUUCGAGGUUUUUUGUGACCUGUCCCUGCCCAUCCCCAAGAAGGGAUUUGCUGGGGGCAAGGUGUCUCUGCGGGACUGUUUCAGCCUUUUCACCAAGGAAGAAGAGCUAGAGUUGGAGAAUGCUCCAGUAUGCGACCGAUGUCGGCAGAAAACCCGAAGUACUAAAAAGCUGACAGUACAGAGAUUUCCUAGAAUCCUCGUGCUCCACCUGAAUCGGUUUUCUGCCUCCCGAGGCUCCAUCAAGAAGAGUUCAGUAGGUGUGGACUUCCCACUGCAGCGACUGAGCCUAGGGGACUUUGCCAGUGACAAAGCCGGAAGCCCCACAUACCAGCUGUAUGCCCUUUGCAACCACUCGGGCAGCGUCCAUUAUGGCCACUACACAGCCCUGUGCCGGUGCCAGACUGGCUGGCAUGUCUACAACGACUCUCGUGUCUCCCCUGUCAGUGAAAACCAGGUGGCGUCCAGUGAGGGCUACGUGCUGUUCUACCAACUGAUGCAGGAGCCACCCCGGUGCCUGUGACAGACACCCUCUCUGAGCCCUGGCACCUGUGAAACCCUUUCAACACCCUUAAGCCCCAGGCUCCCCGUUUACCUCAGAGACGUCUAUUUUUGUGUCUUUUUAAUCGGGGAGGGGGGUGGGGGUGGCUGUAGCUCCCAUUAUUUUUUUUAUUAAAAAUUACCCUUCCACCUGGAGGCUCCCUUGUCUCCCAGUCCCUUGUACAGAGCUCAUUGGGCCCUUGCCCAUGUACAGCCCCCAGGCCCUCUGCAAUCUCACUUUUU